CUAAAAAGUUAAGUAUAGAAAUCGCAUCUGCAGUUUCAUCUUCCUCCGUCUUCCUUCCGUCUAGUGCGGUAGGCGCUACUGUGUUCGCGUGUGUUGCUUGUCUAUUGUGUGUGUGUUGCGUGUCUAUUGUGUGUGAGAGCGAAGGGGUGUAGAGUGAAGCCCAUCCCCUCAUUAACAUUCAGAGGCUCGUCAAAGGGGGGAUGCUGAGGUUGGUCCGGUGCUUCUGAUCAUCACUGACCGAGCAGGGAUACAGAGGGGAGACCGUUUAACGUUUUUAAAAGCGAAAGCAAUUUGAACUAGAAUAUAGCGGUGCCACGCCCGUGGUUAGUGGUUAGCCAUGGACACCACCACCUCCAUCAAGAUGACCACGCUGGCGAUCCAGAGCCUCUUCAGCCACGUGGAGGAGGAGAACCUGGCCGCCAUCAAGGCCCACCUGGACAAGUUCAAGGAGGUGGACGGCCGCAGCGAUAACGGCCAGACUCCUCUGAUGGUGGCAGCAGAGCAGGGGAGCCUGGAGAUCGUGCAGGAGCUCAUAAGGAGGGGCGCCAACGUUAACCUGGAUGAUGUGGACUGCUGGACGGCACUCAUCUCGGCGGCCAGAGAAGGCCACCUGGAAGUGGUGAAGGAGCUACUGGAGAACAAUGCCAACCUGGAGCACAGAGACAUGGGGGGAUGGAGCGCUCUGAUGUGGGCCGCCUAUAAGGGCCGCACCCCCGUGGCCCAGAUGCUGCUGGACAAAGGAGCCAACCCCAACAUCACAGGCCAGUACAGCGUGUACCCCAUCAUCUGGGCGGCCGGGCGCGGCCACGGGGAGAUCGUCCAUCUCCUGCUGCAGCACGGGGCCAAGGUCAACUGCUCGGACAAGUACGGCACCACCCCACUGAUCUGGGCGGCCAGGAAGGGCCACUACGACAGCGUCAUGCACCUGCUGGCCAACGGAGCGGACGUAGACCAGGAGGGGGCGAACUCCAUGACGGCGCUGAUCGUGGGCGUGAAGGGGGGCUUCACGGACGUGGUGAAGGAGCUGCUCAAGAGGAACCCCAACGUCAACAUGACGGACAAGGACGGCAACACGGCCCUCGCCAUCGCAGCCAAGGAAGGCCACACCGGCAUCGUCCAAGACCUGCUGGACGCAGGCACCUACGUCAACAUCACCGACCGGAGUGGGGAGACCAUGCUGAUCGGAGCUGUCAGAGGAGGCCACGUCGAGAUCGUCCGAGCCCUGCUGAACAAAUACGCAGACAUCGACGUCCGCGGCCAGGAUGGAAAGACUGCCCUCUACUGGGCGGUGGAGAAAGGCAACGCCACCAUGGUCAGAGACAUCCUGCAGUGUAACCCGGACACAGAGAGCUGCACCAAGGAGGCAGAGACUCCCCUCAUCAAAGCCACCAAGAUGAGGAACAUUGAGGUGGUGGAGCUGCUGCUGGAUAAGGGGGCCAAGGUGUCCGCAGUGGACAAGAAAGGAGACACGCCCCUUCACAUCGCCAUCCGGGGGCGGAGCCGUAAGCUGGCCGAGUUGCUGCUGAGGAACCCUAAAGAUGGCCGCCUGCUGUACCGGCCCAACAAGGCCGGGGAGACGCCCUACAACAUCGACUGCACCCACCAGAAGAGCAUCCUCACGCAGAUCUUCGGAGCCAAGCACCUCUCCCCAUCUGAGUCGGACGGGGACAUGCUGGGCUACGACCUGUACAGCAGCGCCCUGGCGGACAUUCUGAGCGAGCCCACCAUGCAGCCGCCCAUCUGUGUGGGGCUGUACGCCCAGUGGGGCAGCGGCAAGUCCUUCCUGCUCAAGAAGCUGGAGGACGAGAUGAAGACGUUUGCGGGCCAGCAGAUCGAGCCCCUGUUCCAGUUCUCCUGGCUGGUGGUCUUCCUCACCCUCCUGCUGUGCAGCUCCGUGGCACUGGUCCUGGGUUUCACGGGGGACCCCAAGCUCGCCAUCGCCGUCUCCCUCAGCCUCCUCGCCCUGCUCUACAUCUUCUUCGUGCUCGUGUUCUUUGGGGGCCGGCGCGAGGGCGAGAGCUGGAACUGGGCGUGGGUGAUCAGCACGCGGCUGGCCCGCCAGGUGGGCUACCUGGAGCUGCUACUCAAACUCAUGUUCGUCAACCCGCCCGAGCUGCCAGAGCAGACCACCCGCGCCCUGCCCGUCAGGUUCCUCUUCACUGACUACAACCGGCUGUCCAGCGUGGGCGGGGAGACGUCCAUGGCGGAGAUGGUCGCCACCCUCUCUGACGCCUGCGAGCGGGAGUUUGGCUUCAUGGCCACCAGGCUCUUCAGGGUCUUCAAGAACGAUGACAUCCAAGGUAAGAAGUGGAAGAAGACGUGCUGCGUGCCGUCCUUCGUGCUGUUUGUCGUGGCGCUGGGCUGUCUGCUCACCGGCCUUGCCCUGCUCGCCAUCUUCAAGGUGGACCCGCUGAACCUGACGGUGAACGCGGUGCUGAUCGGCAUGGCCAGCGUGGUGGGCCUUGCCCUGCUGCUCAACGUCAGGACCUGGUGGCAGGUGGCCGACUCGGUCCUCAACUCCCAGAGGAAGAGGCUGCACCGCGCCGCCAACAACCUGAACGCGCUCAAGAGCGAAGGCUUCAUGAAGGUUCUCAAGCAGGAGGUGGAGCUGAUGUCCAAAAUGGCCAAGACCAUCGACGGCUUCACGGAGAACCAGACGCGCAUGGCGGUGAUCAUCGACGGGCUGGACGCCUGCGAGCAGGACCGCGUGCUGCAGAUGCUGGAUACGGUGCGGGUCCUGUUCUCCAAGGGCCCCUUCAUCUCCAUCUUCGCCAGCGACCCCCACAUCAUCAUCAAGGCCAUCAACCAGAACCUGAACAGCGUCCUGCGGGACUCCAACAUCAACGGCCACGACUACAUGAGGAACAUCGUCCACCUGCCCGUGUUCCUGAACAGCCGGGGGCUGAGCUCCGCCAAGAAGCUCUGCAUGGCCACGCCCACCAACGGAGACGUGCUGCCGGCUGAGGGGUUGAUGGAGGACAUGGACCGGAAGCUGUCCCAGAGCAGCAUCACAGACCAGGCCAAGUUUGGCAGCAAGAACGCCUUAAACCGCAGAGACACGUACCGGCGGCGUCAGAUGCAGCGCACGCUGACGCGCCAGAUGUCCUUCGACCUCACCAAGCUGCUGGUGACCGAGGACUGGUUCAGCGACAUCAGCCCCCAGACCAUGAGGAGGCUGCUCAACAUCGUCUCCGUCACGGGUCGUCUGCUGAGAGCCAAUCAGAUCAUCUUUAACUGGGACCGGCUGGCGUCAUGGAUCAACUUGACGGAGGAGUGGCCGUACAGGACGUCCUGGAUCAUCCUGUUCCUGGAGGAGACCGACGGCGUCUCGGACCAGGUCUCUCUGAAGAGCAUCUACGAGAGGAUCUCCAAGAACAUCCCCACCACCAAGGACGUGGAGCCACUGCUGGAGAUCGACGGGGACAGCCGCAGCUUCGAGGUGUUCCUCUCCUCCCGCACGCCCGUGCUCACCGCCCGCGACGUGGACACCUUCCUGCCCUGCACCGUCAACCUGGACCCCAAGCUGAGGGAGAUCAUCGCAGACGUGCGCGCGGCCCGAGAGCAGCUCCACAUGAGCGCGGUGCCCUACCCCACCCUGCAGGAGGCCCCGCCCCGCGCGGCCCCCCACGGGUACGGCCCGCCCCCCGCCGCCUGCUCCCCAACUGGCUCCUUCCCGGUGCCCCCGGCCCCCCAGCCUCACAGCUCCUACUUCAGCGGCAUGACGGGGCCGCAGCACCCCUUCUACAACCGGCCGUAUUUCCCCAACCAUGUGUAUCAUCUGCCACGGCAUUACCCCCACCACGUCCCCUCCUCCUCCUUCUCCCGCCCCUCCUUUAAGGCCCACGGACCGCCCAAGGAGCACGCCGGCGGCCUGGAUGUUAUCGCUGAGGACCCCAAAGAAGAGCCCCGCUGCUGCUCUGAGCCCCCAAUGGUCUCCAGAAGUGUCUUGCUCAGCAAUCUGAACACGGACGCAGUGUGCGAGCGCCUCCAGCUGAUGGAGGGAAUCGAACCCAACAUGGUGCCCCUGUACAGCGCCACCAUCAAGAAGGCCAACGUGAACGGACGGGUCCUGUCCCAGUGCAACCUGGACGAGCUGAAGAAGGAGAUGGAGAUGAACUUUGGAGAUUGGCAGCUCUUCAGGGGGAUGGUGAUGGAGCUCCGGCACACUGAGAGUCAGGCCGUGCUGCAGGACGAGUCCAGGGCUGCCAGUGAGCAAAGCAGCAGCGUGCUUCAGGUGGACCUCCCCGCCCCGCGACCCCCCAAUGGGGGCCUGGCCCAGAGGGACAUGGGGGGCUACAGCCUCAGCCUGAGCUUUGAGGAGCUCAGCGCGGUGGGGCUGGAGGAGCCCCCCAGACUCUGCAACCCCCACUGGCCGCAGGUGGCCAAUCACCGCACGGCCAGCAUGUCCAGCCUGAACUCCCAGGAGUCGUCCAACGACAUCUGCAAGCUGACGGACAAGCAGCAGGCCGAGUACCACGACGCCUACCGCGAGUACAUCGCCCAGAUGACCGACGUGUCGGGCGGGGCCGGCGAGAAGCCCGUCCUGCCCCCCCUCCCGGGACAGUUCCUCCAGGCCGCCGCCGGGGGCGACGACAAGGCGGCCAAGGACGGGGGCGACCCAGACGGCCGCAAGCCUUUCAGCAAGCGGGGCUCCAAGCCCGGCGACGGCCCCGAGUUCCUCCCGGCCGCCGACGCCCCCCUCCUGGACCCCAUCAGCGAGGAGGACGAGAAGCUGGACCACAGCGUCUCCUCCAGGGCCUCGCGGAAGAGGGGCCCCGGGCCCCAGUACCACGAGCUGCCCAGCGACGACGACGACUCUGGCUCGGAGGACGCCGACAACAGCACCCCCCUGCUGCCCAAGCAGGCCCGCGGGGCCCCGGCCCCGCCCGCCUUCCUCAGCGAGGCGCUGCUCGCGGAGAAGGACUCGUCGGACUCGGGGGUCCGCCCCGGGGACAGCUCCUCCGACCGCUCCCUGGAGGAGGAGGACGAGGACGGGGGGACGCCGGGGCCCCUGGAGUCGGAGGGCCCGGGGGGGCUGGUGAUGCGGCGCGGCGUGCUGCCCAGCAGCCUGCAGGACGCGGCCGUGGCCCGCAUGUCCAUCUGCUCGGAGGCGGCGUCGGAGGCCAGCCUGAUGGCCAGCAGCCCGGACGAGGGCUGGCCCGCCGCCAACCUCAACGCCAGCACUGACGGGGCGCUGGACAACGCCCCCGCCGCCAACACCAACGCCAACAACAGCCAGCAGCGGCAGGACCUCCGCCCGGACAGCCACACCCCCACCUCCUCCUCCUCCUCCUCCUCCACCCUGGGCUCUCCGUCCGACGUGGCGAUUACGCCCGGGUCCGGCAGCACCACCACCGCCACCGUCCACCACAACCAGAACCUCCGCUCCAUCAGCCUGGGGGACGAGAGGGAGAGCGUCCUCUAGGGCGGCCGCUGGGGGGGCGACCGUUGGGGGGCCAACCGCUGGGGGGGGGGGGCGACAUGGAGAGCGUCCUCUGGGAGUUUAAGAUGGCGGAUUUGGAGUCUGGAAGUCGUCGUAGUUUUGGUGUUGUGAUGUGUGUGGUACCAAAGAAACGUUUCAUUAAAUGUUACAAAGCUUGAGUAAACAAAUACAGGAUCAUAUUAAUGUGAAUUUUCAACACUUUUUACAUCAAUUACGUAGAAAGAUUGAUUUUGGCGAAUUGUUUUAAAGAAAACGUUGAUUCAAUGAGAAUAAUGUAAGCAUCGUUAAGUAGGACCGUUUUGUGAUCUUUAGUUUUUGAAGUCCUCCGCCGUGUCUGACUGCGGUGUGUUCUGUACGGACUGGUUACCAUGUUACAUCUCUGUCGGAGCUAGGGUGUAGGUCCAUCAUAUGUGAAGAUUUGUUUUGCUUAUGUGAUGGGGUUUUCCUCUGAUGGAAUGCAAAUGUUAGGUCAAAGUUGUGGAUCUAAAGAAUACAUGUUCGUGUUCCGUUCAGCUGGCGUUCCACUAGUGUAGUGACGGCUCUGACAAGUGAAGUCAUCUGAAGUUGAAUUGGGUUCCACUCUGCAGACUCAAUUUGUGGUUGUUUGUGUUAUAAGGGGUGGUUUCUGCAUACUCCAUUUGAAAGUGGUGAUUUAUUAGUUCAAAAGUACUUUCAGUUUGGUGACUCAAUAAAUUGUUAACUGUUUCAACUCC